CCCGAAAAGGUGGUGCUCCUGACUAACCUGUCGGGCUGCCUGGCUCACCGUCGCAACGUCUACUGCGACGACAUGUGCUUCCACACCAAGUACCGCUCCAACGACGGCACCUGCAACAACCUGCGCCAUCCGCUGUGGGGCGCCUCGCUCACCGGCUUCAGGAGGGUCCUCAACCCCAUCUACGAGAACGGGUUCAACACGCCUGUGGGCUGGUCCAAGACGAAGCGCUACCACGGUUUCUUCAAGCCCAGCGCCCGCCUGGUAUCGACGCGCGUGAUCAGCACAGAGGACGUCUCUCCCGACCACCACUGCACGCACAUGCUCAUGCAGUGGGGGCAGUUCCUCGACCACGACAUCGACCACGCCCUGCCCUCCGUGUCCUCGGAGAGCUUCCACGACGGGGUCAGCUGUCAGAGGUCCUGUGACUACGCCCCUCCGUGCUUCCCGAUCGAGAUUCCUCCUGACGACCCGAGAAUCCGGCACCACCGAUGUAUGGAGUUCACUCGCUCGUCCGGCAUCUGCGGGUCCGGCAUGACCUCCGUUUUCUAUGACACCGUCCUGCCGAGGGAGCAGAUCAACCAGCUCACGUCCUUCAUCGACGGGUCGCAGGUCUACGGCUCCAGCUCCGCCGAGGUCCGCCUGCUGCGCAACCUCACGCACAACCACGGCCAGCUGCGACACGGGAUCUUCAUGUCUGGGAAGCCGCUGAUGCCCUUCAGUAACGGGGCGCCGGUCGACUGCCGCAGAGACGUCACGGAGAGCGGCAUCGACUGCUUCCUCGCGGGUGACAUCAGGGCGAAUGAGCAGUCUGGCUUGACGGCGAUGCACGCAAUUUGGUUCCGUGAGCACAACCGCGUAGCCCGGGCCUUGCGAGAGAUCAACCCCAACUGGGACGGAGACACCAUCUACUACGAGUCCAGGAAAAUCGUAGGGGCCGAGAUGCAGCACAUCACUUACAGUCACUGGAUGCAGCACAUCUUGGGGCCGCGGGGAAUGGAGAUGCUGGGGGAAUACACAGGCUACAACUCGAACGUCAAUCCCACGAUUAGUAAUGUUUUCGCCACGGCAGCCUACAGGUUCGGACACUCGCUGAUCAACCCGAUCCUCCACCGCCUCAACGCCACCUUCCAGCCCAUCCCCGAAGGACACCUGCCGCUCCACAAGGCCUUCUUCAGCCCCUGGCGCAUCGUGCAGGAGGGCGGCAUCGACCCCCUUCUCAGAGGCCUCUUCGCGACCCCCGCCAAGCUCAAGACUCCAGGCCAGUUCCUGAACACGGAGCUGACGGAGAAGCUGUUCCGCGCCGCCCAUGAGGUCGCGUUGGACUUGGCAUCGCUGAACAUCCAACGGGGCAGAGACCACGCGCUGCCCGGCUACACGGAAUGGCGUCAAGUCUGCAACCUCUCCGUGCCCGAGGAUUUCGACGACCUCAGCGGAGUCAUCAGCUCGUUCUCCGUCAGAGACAAACUCAAGCAGUUGUAUGGCCAUCCAGGCAACGUGGACCUGUGGGUUGGAGGCCUGCUUGAGGACCCAGUGGAAGGCGCCCGCGUUGGACCCACCUUCCUCUGCCUUCUGGUCGACCAGUUCAAGAGACUGCGCGACGGAGACAGAUUCUGGUACGAGAACCCGGGCGUGUUCAAGCCCGAGCAGCUGGCGCAGAUCAAGCAAGUGACGCUGGGGAGAAUUCUGUGCGACAACGGAGACAACAUCACGGACAUAACAUCGGAUGUGUUUGUUCUUCCUCGAGAACAGAAUCCUGCGUUUGUUCCUUGCUCAAGUCUGCCCUAUGUUGACUUGAGGAUUUGGUCAGACUGCUGCUCUGACUGCCGGAGUUCAGCUUUUCCAAACUCCAUCACUCACGUACCCACAAUACGGUUCAGAAGACGAGCGCAGUUUUCCCACAUUGAAGACAGAGAGCACCUCUUAAUGGACUUAGAUAAGGAUAAGCUCAAUGAUAACGAGUUACAUGGAUCAUUCUCUGAGGGAAAUUAUUUCACGCAGAAUGCCACACAGAGAUUACGUGAAGGAAGGCCACAACCCAGCCAAAAAUUCGAGAGAAAGUUCGAGAAAAACAAAAAAUCGGGACGAAGCCUCAGCAGCAACGACUCCGAGGACGACCUUGGCGCCUACGAGGAGGACCUCAACGAGCAGCGAAUCGAGGGCAUCGAGGCCCUGGUGGAGCAGCUCUCGAAGACGGUCCUCGAACUCAGCAAAAAGGUGACCACCCUAGAGGGCAAGUGCGGCAGCGGCGACGGCGGCGGCGGCGGCGGCGGCGGUGGUAGGAGGAAAAGCGUGCGGCAGCGAAGGAAGUGCGUCGACGAGACGGGGAGACACAGGGCGCGAGGGGAGAGCUGGCAGAAGGACCCCUGCGCGAUAUGCUCCUGCCGGAGAGGAAAAGUCCACUGCAGAGUUAAAGAAUGUCCGAGCGUGACCUGUGAUAACCCACGAGUGGAGGAGGGCGAGUGCUGUCCUGAGUGCGGCGACGAAGGAGGAGAUACGGAGAACACCCGUCUAGGUCCUGAGGCUUAGGAGGGCGUUCGAGAGGGGGAGGGAAGGGGGUGGGAAUACAGAGAGUUCUUAUAAUAGCUACGAUAACAACGCACCUCGUCUCCCUUCUGCAGAGAUGCUCGAGAAAGCGAGAGGCGUUCUGUGCACCUUGCCAAAGACUAUAAGGGGGGAGGGAGCAAAGUGGCAUAACAAAGGUGCCUUUUGAAAAGAUCAUGGAAGUGUAGUGUUUUUAAAUCAAGAUAUAAUUUGGUUUUUAUCUUCUCUCUCUCAAAAACAGAAAAAAUUGUCCGUUUAAGAAUAUCGUUAGCGGGACGGACAUGGUGAAUCAAAGAACUGUGAUGGUUAUGUUAUGAAAUACAAGUUUUGUCACGUGAAAAGUGAUCUUGUGUGCGGUCAGGUAGCUACAUAAGGUACAGUAUCUACAGACUCAUAUAUUACUUUGAGCUGUGUUCUAGGCCGGUUUUUUUAUGGGUAUUUCAGUAUCUCCUGUUCUGUAGCCAGUAUUGUGUCUAAUAACUUAUCCAGGGAUGAAGACGAAGUUAAGGCUGUGGGACAAAGACCAGUUAUUGUACCAUGGUUUUAUGAUUUUUUUUUUUUUUUUUUUUUUUUUUUUGUCCACAUUACUUGGUUACUUUAUGAACGAUGCAUAAGGAUUGCGAUGCCGGUCGUAAGAAUUCAUUUAGCAAGGAUUUAGCUCAGUGGAGGUACUAUAAUAUUCAGUUGUUCACAGGAUGGAUAUAGACGGUUUCAAGCCUCUUACACGCAUAGGGCUCUGUCAGAAUUUUUAGAAAACAAAAAAAAAUAUUUAUGUAAAAAAAAAAAUCUAAGAAAAAAAGGGUGUUUAUUUGCUCACUGUUUUUUUUUCUUUUUUGCCUGCCAUUUGCGUUAUCACUGCCAGUUUUCGUUCUGUUCAUUUUUUUAAACGUUUUUUUUGAAUCACUGCAAAAAAAAAGAAUGGCAUUUGCAUUGCUUGCACCAGCAUUACUAGUCAGUAGGAAAUCACGAAUAUUCACUCGUUUCAAUCAUCACUCGGAUCUUUAAUUGGAAUGUGUACUAAUAGCCUUCGAACGUAUUGAUAAGUAGUGUCUUCGGCUUGGGGUCUGCUUCUCCACGACUCUCUUCUCCGACAUACUAAUCUGGUGCUAUUAGUGGAUGAAGGACUAGUUCUAUUUAUUUCAUGUUAUAUAAACUCCCACUGCCAAUAGUGUUCUAAGAAGUGUGCAUCACGAGGAACAAUAUGUAUCGCGGUUUGUGAAUGAUGAUAAUAAUGAUAUUCAGUGUCAUCAAGUUGCAUUAGCCUCUUUCUUCGUCCACAGUCAACAGUGUGUAGUAAAUCAACGGGAAGGAAACAUGAAAUAGGAAAGGAAAAGGAAUAGCUAUCGGAAAAUGUAUGAAAUUUACAAAAUAUACAUCAUCAAGGGUGGUAAAAAAAAAUAUAUAUAUAUAUAUAAUCCUGUUUGUUGAUAUUUUUUUCCAAUAAAGUAUAAAAAUUAAUGAUCUUAUAAUUAUUGAAGAUCAGCAUGCAGAGAAUUUUAAGUUUUUUUUUUUCAAAUUCUUCAUCAGCCAUUAUGCACAACAUAAACCCCUUUUAUUGACUGUGUUUAAAUUUCGCACAAAUAUUUGGCUGUAUGUAGACAACGCAUCUCUGAAAUAAAGUUUCUAAUAAUCGACAUGACUAAAAUAUUGUACCGUAUUAUUGACAUUAACAAAAAUCAGACCUAUAUUUCUUUAAAAAAGCUAAGGGUUUGAAAAUGCCAUCGAGAGAGGAACGUGCCAAUGCUCCCAUACACAAACGGUAAUGUUGAAAAUAUUUCUGCGUGAACUACGAUAUAUGGAAAUUUGACGACAGGCAACUUUCACCAAAAUUAAUAAUUAUACAACUCCAUGUGGGAAAACGAUGAUGAACCAGUGUAAAAAAAAAAAUAAUAAUAAUAAUAAACACGACUUAUUAAAAAUAAA